AUGGAAAUGGGCCCAUAUGAUCGACAGGCGCCUGAACUGUCGCGUGAAAGCCUUUGUGUCGACAACGCCCGGGCGUUUACUGUCCCGGAGCAUCGAUACAACGAGCAGCAGCAACAACAACAAAUGAUAAGGCAACUACAACGCCAACAGUGGCGACUGGAGCCGCCCGAGCGCUUACGCCGUCCAAAGCUCACGCCCCAAGCUCUGGCGGAUUCGAGGGAUCGGGUUCGUGACGGCGUCUAUCUGGGCGCAAAUGGCUUCAGCGCUGUGCAGCGCCGCAUCGCUAUUGACUCUGUGAACGAUGAAUACUUGUGGCAGAAGGAGACGGGUCUUCGUGAGCCUGCAUUCCGUGAAAAGGCCCAGCACCUGCUUAUUCUGUGGCGCUUCAUCCAGCGCGUGUCGUUAAGUGAUCUCGAGCUCAGCGCCGACACGGCCGAGAGCCACAUUCACGCACAUUGGCUCCGUGCGGCGGCGGCUCUGCGCGCCCCAUCGCUCAGCUUUAGUGCCGAUUUGGAGAGAGUUGUGGCCUCAUUCCUCGGCAAUUUAUUUGACGGUAGAACAACCCAACAGCCCGACGCAAGUACCCAAUUGACUCGUGACCAAGCCACCGUUCGAGCCAUGGUUCACCUCUUCCUGCGCGCGCUGUCGUCUCGUACCGUGCAACGCCUUUUUCGAGAAGCGUGCCAAGUGGGGGACGGCGCGUCGAACAAGCAGUGGCUCCAGGAGCGGUUCGUGUCGCUCGUUCUGGAUUUGUAUGAUAUUCUCGGUGUCGUCCUGCGUGAGGUGACUGCAAGUGCUGGUUUAAAUGUGGCCGGAGGACAAUCGAACCCCGUGCCGGCGCUCGUGGAUAACGUAUUGUCUCUCAUCUAUGGACGGACGCACUUCAGCGUACUCCGAGACGAAGUUUCAGCGUUGCUGCUGGACCGACAGCCGCCGAACGCCCUGUCCGACGCCUUGAACCACGCCUUCCACGUAUUCGCAGCCCAAGCUAAAGAGACGAUGCUGGUUCUGCGGCAACAACAAGAUCCUCGACCUGAGCGUUGGGGCGGCAUGGGCAAUGGGAGCCCCACGCAGAGUCUGUGGAACAGUCGGUGGCUUCUGGACCCGGGGUCAGUGCGCUGUAACUCCCUUGAGAACGAGACGAAACGCGACGCACGUGAAACUUUAGACCUGGUUGCACUCGCGCAGCUCAUCCGCGAGUUUGGUUGCAUUGACAUAACUGUAGAGAGGGGCAAAAUGUCGCUGCGAACGGCCCUCUCGUUUGACGGUGCCAUGGCGAUGGCACCCAUGGAGCUAGCGCUUGACGGACGCUUGCAUGGGUUUCGUGUACUUCCCAGCGGCAUCUCGACGGUGAUUGCUACGGCUGGAGGAUGGUCGAUCGGUGACUACCUGACCAUGCCUUCAGACGACGGCCGGUACUUGAACCUCCGCUUCUUCGCCUUCAAAGAGGAGACCAAGGGAUCGAACACCCCCUCUAAUAACACGCCUGAGUCCAUGUGGACAAGCCCAACAAAGAGCCCAGGGACGAUGGUCCGCCGGAUCAGCUUGUCUCUCGUCUUGGAGCAGGAUCUAGGAGCGGACGAGCCCAUGGAUGGAGGUUACCCUAAAGAUGUCUUCGUUGUUUUACAUGGAACAGUCUGUGGUUCGACGUACACUCGUCCAAGCUCUGGAGUGGAGCUGUGCAGGAUGUCCAGUGCCGACCGAAGUGUGGUCUGGAACGUGUUAAAGUGGACACCUACAGUCGAAGUUCAGGCGGGCUACGUCGCGAUCUGA